AUGGCAAGUAAUUCAGGAUUAAAUGGAUUAUAUCGGCCAAGGAGUGCUUUGGCCCGAGCUUUGUAUGAAAAACAACGAAAUGACAGACACCUUCAGGAAUUUGAUCAACAUGAGUGGUAUCGUGUAGAUAAGAGCAAACUAAGUGAAGACUUGCAACAAAAGUUCGUGCAGCUAGAGCCCGAUGACGAAACCAAAGAAUUCCUCUCAUCAUCAAUAGAUAAAUCCACAUGGGUGUGGACACAGAUCUGGUACCUGCUUGCUAAAGCGGUGCUCAAACAUUUUUGGACAAUUACAGAUAUCAACGGUUGGCUGGGCAGAGGCUCUAUGUUCGUUCUGUCGGCUGCGCAAGCGCACUCGCUGCUGCGCACGACACAUCGCAGUAACAUCACGGGCGGGCUCGUGGACGUCGGCGCGGGGGAUGGCGAAGUGAGUCGCCGCUUUGCACACCUGUACACUAAUAAAUACGCAACGGAAAUAUCUGCUUGUAUGAGAAAAGUGCUCAGCAGUAAAGGGUAUACGUUACUAGAUACGGAGGAAUGGUGGAAAGAACAACGUUUCGAUUGCGUGUGUAUGCUGAACUUGUUGGACCGAUGCAGUAAACCUCGCAGUAUGCUGCGGCAAGCGAAAGCGGCUCUAUCAUCUGAAGGCGUUUUGCUACUUGCGCUUGUUCUACCUUACAAGCCUUACGUUGAAGUAACAUCAGACCACAAGCCCGAAGAACGUCUUCCCAUACAGGGAGAGAAUUUCGAAGAGCAAGUAGCUUCAUUCAUACGUUUCAUGAGAGAAGAGAUAGGAUUCGAGUUGUCGUCGUGGACGCGAGCUCCGUACCUCUGCGAGGGAGAUUUUGCUCAGGCGUACUACUGGUUAGACGAUUCGGUUUAUGUUUUCACUCCCAUACGGGAGUUU